AACAUAUUUUAAUAAAUGUAACGACGUUCUUAGCGCGUGUGGAAUGACGCGCCGGUGAAUUUUUAGUUUGUAAUACUUGACGUAAUUUUAUGUGCCCAAAUUAAACACGAAAGAUUUCAUAAUGGCCGAUCAAGUUGAUUCAAUGUCAGAUGCAGAGCUUCGCACAAAACUAGCUGAGCAUGGGUUCCCGGUUAUGCCGAUUACGGCAUCCACAAAAAAAACUUUGGUCAAAAAGUUGAAAAUGGUAUUGGAUAACAAAAACAAGCCUCGAAACAAUAUAGACAGCAAAGUGGAGAAUAGGCGCUCUCUUGCGCGCUAUUCUAGUGGUGAGGAGUCAGAUUUAGACACAAGUAGUGCUAAAGAAAAGCGGAAUCGUCGAGUAACCACUAGUGGUGCCAUGUUGCCACCAGUGACGAGUAGAAGACGUACACCGGUAAAAAAAGAUUCACCGGUAAAGCGUGGUUCCGACAAAGGUUCUGAGUCUGAAGAGGAAAAAUCUCCAGUACGAACACACGAAGAAGUAGAAACCGUGACUACACGUCGUGUAACGCGUACCUAUGCCAAUGAUCAGGAUGAUUAUGAGACUGGAUCUGACAGUGAUGUUGAUGUUGAUAAGAAAACUUCAACUCCGUUUCGUAGUAGCUCACGAUCCAGUGACUAUAUUUCCAGCACUUUACCAGCACAUGAUACAUCUAAAAGUCCACCAAAAUCAUCUAUUUUCUCUCGUCCCUCUCUUUCUACAAACUAUUCAUCUUCACUAUCAUCAUCUGAUCAUUUGAAUUCAAUAAGGUCUCGGCUGGGAUUGACAUCUACCUUAGGAGACAGGUCUUCUGUUAACAAUUAUACAUCGAGCUACUCAUCAGCAAGUAAUUAUCAACCAUCAACUAGUACAUAUCAACCUCCAGCGAGUACUUUCCAACCGUCAGCUAGUAACUAUCAGCCUUCCCUAUCGAGUGUAGAUGAGGUGGAAUCCCCAUAUUUGAGCAAUUUCACAAGACGAUUGUCAGCUCUGAAAUCUGAUCCACCGAAGACAACCUCAUAUUUGGACAGAGACACAACAAAUGGAAGUACAAUAUUGCCCCGCAGGUCUUAUAUUACGGGAGUAUCUAGAGGCGAUGCCGUCGACUACAAAGCGGUCAAUGAUAAGAAAUUUUUGAAGAAUAAUUUGGUGUCCCUCGCUCUGGUUGCACUGGUUGCUCUUUUUUUUUUUUGCUUAUUUUUCAUGUAUAUAGUGAAAAGAAAUGAUAUAACAUCUGUAGUAGAUGACCAAAACAGUGUAAUUCCAAUAUGUCAACUGAACAUCCCUGGGAACAGGCCUGGUAUCAACUGUGUGCCCAAAGAACAAGUCAGCUAUGCAAAGGAUCUGUUAAAAGUUAUACAUCCAGAAUUAACUACUCGAGCGGCUGCUUAUAAAUGUAAUAAGCCAGAUGUAAUGCCAUAUAUGACUGAAAGGGAAAUACUUGAUAUUGCUAGUGUAAGAGCAGAAGCUGUAGAUAUCAGCCAAUGUCGUAUGGAUUUAAAUAACUUACAAGUUUUGCUUAUACACAAUCCUAGAUGGGGAAUUAAUGUUGUUCAAUUGAAGAAUAAGUAUACUAAAGACGUAGAAUACAACCCUCUUUCCACCACAGAUGUUGUAGCACAACAACGGAGCAAAGGCACUAUCGCUUUAGCACUCUCUGAUCCAUCUACACCUGUAUCGUGUUUGUUUGUUAACACACUAUACUCUGCUGGUUCUACAUUUAUCAUAAUUGGAGUCAUUGCUGUUGUUGUACUGGGAGUACAGAAAUGCUACAAACUUUAUUUAAACUACCAAAAGAAGAAAAGUGAAGAAAUUUACUCCAUGGUAGAACAAAUCAUUGAUGUAAUAUCACAAGAGACGGAAGACAGCGGUGAACCAUACAUAUCAGUGGACCAUGUGAGAGAUACACUAAUAUCUCCUCAGAAUAGAGAGAAAAUGGCUUCAGUUUGGGAUGCAGCUGUGAAGUUCAUUCAGAAGAAUGAAAGUAGGGUUCGCAUGGAGGUUCAAUCUGUCGAUGGAGAAGAUUGCAGGGUUUGGAGAUGGAUAGCAUCACAUAAUAGCCCCAAACGCAGUGCCUCAUGGCAAGGCCAAGCGUUCGAGACUCAAGAAGGAUCUGUCAAUAACUUGACUGUUUCACCAACACCAUGUUUGAAAAUCCGUAGCAUGUUUGAGAAGAAUGACACCAAUCCAAAUCUAAGGACCAUCAUCCAAGAUGUAAUAUUGGAAAAAUGUGACCGUUGCAACAUUCUCCAUAUUGAUAUUGAAAAGUCAUCAUGCUGUGUUUAUGUAAAAUGCGCGAGUCCGUCGGACGCUGGUGUAGUCUACAAGAGCUUGCACGGCUGGUGGUAUGAGGGUCGCCUUAUAACUGUAAAAUAUCUGCAUUUGGAGCGAUACAUGCAAAGAUUCCCUAACUCCCCAUCAUCUGGCCCCUAUCUGAAACCUUCUCGCCAACGAAGAUCUUGGGAUGAAUAAUUGAUUUUUAUAUUAAUUUGUGACUUAACUCUUGACAUUGAUUGUCCUGUCAUCUAACAGAUUAUUUAUUUUUAUUUUUUAAUGCCUUGUCCCAUUUUUUUCUUUGUGCAUGGGCUGUUGUAUUCAAUAAAGUACUUGCCUUUUAGUGCUAUUUUGUUGGAAAUGAAUUAACAAUUGUCCUUUUCGUCUUUAGUUUGAUUCAUAAUAAAGUAUUUGCACAAUAGUAAGCCCGGAAAGUAAUGUUAACAUAACUGGUAUACGCAUUUCACUAAUUGUAAAUUACGAAUAAGACCUAAAUGUCUAUAAUAAUGCCUUAUCCAAAUUUUAGAAAUAUGAAUAUAAAAUUUUGUUUUUCGUGUUCAUGUUGUAAAUAUGUGACAUCACAAAGUUAAAAUAGUUUUUAUGAUGUAAGUUAAAUGAGUCAUAAUGGCUUGCAUUUGUUGAUUGAAUUUACUGUUUUGGAACAAAUUGUUUUAAAAUGUCGUAGUUUUGUAGUUAGUAUAUAUUUCUAAUUGAUUUUCUUGAUAGGUUUUUUAUCUUAAUUCUCCGUAAAGUGUAUUGUGUAAAGCAAUGGCACAACAAUAAUUUGUGUUAAUUUCUAAGAUUGACAUUUAUUUUGUUUAAGAACUCUUACUAAUCCUUAGUGUAGUUAUUUUUUAUGGAUUGAUUUUCACUUUUAAUAAAAUAUGAUAAGAUUA